AUGUGUUUAUAAUGGACACAAUCGGUGGGGGAGAAGUAAGUCUGGGUGACCUUGCUGAUCUCACCGUCACCAACGACAAUGAAUUGAGCUGUGAUCUUUCAGACAGUAAAGAUGCGUUUAAAAAGACCUGGAACCCCAAGUUUACCCUGCGGAGCCACUACGACGGCAUCCGGGCCUUGGUUUUCCACCACGUGGAGUCGGCCCUGGUCACGGCGUCCGAGGACGGCACUCUCAAGCUGUGGAACCUCCAGAAGACGGUGGCAGCCAAAAAGAACGCGGCUUUGGAUGUAGAACCAGUCUAUGCAUUCAGGGCACACAGGUGUGUAUAUCUCUCUGUGUGUCUGGGGUCUGCAAGGCUUAUGGAUAUGAUGUCUGACUUUAAAAAGGUCCUUUAAUCUUUCCCAAACUUC